AUGCCCCGUGCCUUCCUGGUCAGGAGUCGGCGCCCGCAGCCACCCAACUGGGGCCACCUGCCUGACCAGCUCCGGGGAGACGCCUACAUCCCAGGUGGGCCCCUCAUUGGGUCUGGAGGUAAGAGGCAGGUGACAGAAAGCAUCACCGUCUGGCUUCUCUCCUCAGACUGCAGCAGCCUAGGGGGGCCACCAGUAUGCCGGUCUCCUGGCCUCAGGGACUCUUCUUGGGCAGCGCCCGCACAGGACACCCUGGCCUCGGCUCCUAGGGGCCCUGGGACACUUGGCUGCCCGCUCUGUCCCAAGGCCUUCCCGUUGCAGCGCAUGCUGACACGGCACCUCAAGUGCCACAGCCCAGCACGCCGCCACGUGUGCCGCUGUUGUGGCAAGGGCUUUCAUGAUGCUUUCGAUCUCAAGCGUCAUAUGAGGACUCACACUGGAAUCCGGCCUUUCCGCUGCGGAGCUUGCGGGAAAGCAUUUACGCAGCGCUGCUCCCUUGAAGCACAUCUUGCUAAGGUGCAUGGGCAGCCAGCCAGCUACGCUUACCGUGAGCGCCGCGAGAAGCUGCAUGUGUGCGAGGACUGCGGCUUCACUAGCUCGAGGCCCGACGCCUAUGCACAGCACCGGGCCCUGCACCGCGCUGCGUGAGACUGUGUACAGGCAUACUGUCCAUGGGGCAAAUAAACACAGGAAACUGGCGCACUGAACGUGGCAUUUAUUAAACACGAGGGAUGGGGGAGUCACUCAGUCCAGCGAUGGCCGCAGUGUGGGGCCGUGCAUACGUAGU